AUGAAGCAAAGGAGGAGCAUAAGUGGCAUAGAGCAUGCGCGGUUUGUGAUAGGCGCGGCGGUAGGGCGCGGGAGAGGAGGUGACGUGUGCGAGGAACAAAGCGAGGGCCCGCACCACCGUCGAGCGAAGACCACAAGCAGGCCGUACCUUACGCGAGAUUUUACCACCACGAACAACACGCUAUACCAUCGAUCAUCGACACGCAUAGCUCGCGACCUUAACAUUUUACAUCGC